AUGCGGCGCGCGUUCUGGGUCAACCUCCUCCUGGGGGCUUGCUCCAUUAUUCCCCAAGCCCAAGCAGAGACAUGUUGGCGCAAUACAACCUGCACUGGUCCCACUACAGCGGCUUUCAGUGGAGUUUGGGACGACAAUAUCUACGCGCCAUCAUCUCGAACAGUUCAGCCUGUAUCAACGCUGUCUGAUCUGAAAAAAGAUGCUACUACCAACUCCCGCCAGCCCGCGACUGCGACACUCCAUGGAAAUGGCUCUCUUGUCGUAUUCGACUUUGGCCAAGAAGUUGGUGGCAUCAUGCACAUUGAUUACACCUCCACUGGCAACGGAGCUUUGGGAAUUGCGUUUUCGGAAGCUAAAAACUGGAUUGGAGAGUGGUCUGAUGAUUCCAAUGCUCUUUGGCAGGAUGGUGCUUUGUACGACAAUUUCACCACAUCAUCUGGUAGCAAUUCCUACGAGAUGCCUCUUCCUAAGCUACGGGGUGGAUUCCGUUAUUUGACGCUCUUCCUGAUCACUGACGAUGCGGCAACUGUCAAGAUUGACGAUAUGUACCUUGAAUUGGGAUUCCACCCGACGUGGUCGAAUCUUCGCGCCUACCAGGGCUACUUUCACUCCAGUGAUGAGCUUCUGAAUCGCAUCUGGUAUAGUGGUGCCUACACUCUACAGACAAAUCAGGUUCCCGUGGAUACUGGACGUAUUACCUCUGGUGUUACGAAAGGAUGGUUGAACAAUGGCACUUUGGGACCGGGAGACACGAUUAUUGUUGAUGGAGCCAAGCGUGAUCGUGCUGUCUGGCCAGGUGACAUGGGUAUUGCUGUUCCAUCGGCAUUGGUCAGUCUCGGAGACCUGGACAGUGUGAUGAACGCGUUACAAAUCAUGUAUACUACUCAGGACAAGACAACAGGCGCAUUUGAUGAGUCGGGACCACCACUCAGUCAAACAGGAUCCGAUACUUAUCAUAUGUGGACUAUGAUUGGUACCUACAACUACGUUCUGUACACAAACAACACCGAUUUCCUCAUCGAGAACUGGGAUGGAUAUCUCCUCGCCAUGGAUUACAUUUAUGGAAAGGUCACCUAUGCCAGUGGUCUCCUUGAUGUGACUGGAAUUCGUGAUUGGGCUCGCUGGCAGCAAGGGUAUAACAACUCAGAAGCGCAGAUGAUUCUAUACCACACAUUGAAAACCGGUGCAUCUCUCGCCCAAUGGGUCGGAGAUACAACAGGCCUGUCUGCUACCUAUGAGACUCGUGCAGAAGCACUUAAGGUGGCCAUUAAUACCUACUGCUGGGACGAUUCUUAUGGAGCAUUCAAAGACAACGCAACUGACACCGACUUACACCCGCAAGAUGCCAACAGCAUGGCUGUCCUAUUCGGCGUAGUCGAUUCCGAACGUGCCCAAAGUAUCUCGAACAACUUGGUCAAAAACUGGACACCCAUUGGACCUAACUCUCCCGAGCUACCUGACAACGUUGUUCCGUUCAUCACAUCUUUUGAGAUCCAGAGCCACUUCCUCGUUGGAAGACCAGAUAGGGCAUUGGACCUCAUUCGUCGCAGCUGGGGUUGGUACAUUAACAAUGCCAAUGGAACUGAGUCGACCGUGAUCGAGGGAUAUCUUGUUAACGGAACUUUCGGAUACCGUGGUAGCCGUGGAUACUAUUACGAUACCUCAUAUGUCUCCCACUCUCAUGGGUGGUCCUCUGGCCCCACGUCAGCUUUGACCAAUUAUGUUGUUGGCCUUUCAGUCACAUCGCAGCUGGGACUUACUUGGGAUAUUUCACCCCAGUUUGGAGACCUCAAGUAUGCCGAGGCUGGUUUUGUGACGUCGCUUGGCAAGUUCCAAGCUGGUUGGACAAAGACGUCUAGUGAGUAUACUUUGGAUUUCACAGUUCCAAAGGGCACAACUGGAAAUGUCACCCUUCCAUAUAUCACUUCGUCUAAGAAGCCUACCAUCACACUUGAUGGUGCCACUGUGAAGAAAAAUGUGGUAUAUGCAGACAGCACAGCGACCUUUGUGGUAGCAGGUGGUUCUCACAAGAUUGUGGUGAAGUGA